AUCUCGCAGCAUUGGGCGAAUGAGGCAGAAACAGUAAUCGACUUGCAGUGGAAAAUGCGAUAGCAUCAGAGCGUGUAAGCAUAUCUCGGAGCACUACUGCUAGUCGGAAGCCGAAAAAAACUCUCCUGGCUUAGAGCAUAGGUGCGCUGGCGUUGAUCCAUGUUAUUCGAGACUUGAAUAGCUGAUAUUGCUGAGAGGCGUGUGCCAAUGAAGAAAGAAGCAAAAGCCAAAUUAGAGUGAAAUUGCUCCGAGCAAAACAAACGUUGAAAAACUUCCCGCAUUCAAUUGGAAAUAAUGUGAUCAUUCUGUACCUGACAGGAGGCCUCGUAAAUGCUGGCGGAAGACCCCAGAAUAAUUUGUAGAUCAUAAAUUUGAAGUGAUUCAAUAGUGAACAAGACAAUAAAAGACGUAAUUGGUUACGAGAACUGCAAAAAAGCAAGUGAUGAACCAAACAAGAGCUGUGAGAGAUAUUUUUGAGAAAUGCUUCAUGCUGUAUCAAACUAGAAAGUCCAUGUUCUGCGCAACGUGAGCCUUUGGAAUAGAAUAAAUUAAUUGGAAAUUCUGUUGGCUGGGCAAACGGUUGGUGAUCAAUUCAAGAUGGGAAAUGCGAUAAGCAGUGCAAAUGAAUCGACGCUGCCUCGUAGGCAAGCACAGUACUAUAAUGAUUGUAACGGAAAACGGUGCUGUUACGAGAAUGGGGCAACCAAUACGGGCUCUAGGAGCAGCCGUCAAAACCAACAACAGCAACAACAACAGAAUCCUGAAAACUCACGAAUGCUUUUUCUAUUGUACUUAAUCCAUCGCACCUGGAACGUCGUGGUUGACAGUGUUGAUCAAAAAGGCAAAAAAUCACGUGCCACCACAUCGGAAGACUCCGGAGCGCCCCGCAGCAACUACGAUGAAGCUUUCGAUACCGACCUCAACUUUACCGACCUGGACGAUGAUUCGAGCUUGUACGGUUCACAGUAUUCGUUUUGCAACUGCAGCUACUGCGAGGAGGAAGCCGACCGAAACCACUUCGACAACGCCAGGGGCAAUCGGUUUUCGUUUUGUGAUAGGUAGGUAAGUCGACAAAGCUCUGUUGUAUGAUGGCCU